UUCCGCGUGUUCUUCAAAGAUUUCUAUGAUUCCAUCUUCUUAGGCGUUCUUGAAUUUUCUCGAAUAGAAUAGAAUAUUGUGUUUUAUUUUCCUUUGCGUACAUUAUUCAUUCGUCAAUACGUCGUUGUUGUGUUAGUAUAUAAAGAAGACGCGUGAGAACAGAUAUAUGUCCUGUUAGUUACAGUUGAGUGUUUGUCAAUUGUUUUUUUAUUAUUCAAUUUUGAAUAAUGGGUACGAAUCCUGAAAAUAACCAAAUAGCUGGUGCAAUAACAUAUCCUGUUAGCAGUCAGAAUAUGCAAUCCGUGCCUGUACAACCGCGGCAGCCCAGGAGUCUCCAGGGUCUCCUGAGGUUUGCAAUGGAAGCAACAAAAGCAGAAGAUGCACCAGGGAACUCAGAAUUCAGUCCCAUGGAUGAAGAGCGGCGGAAAUUUCUCGAAGACGCAUUAAAGAGUCUCACAGUGAAUGUGGCGGAGGUGCUGCAGAGUUCCAUCAAAGUGCUAACAGACACAGAGAAGAUCCGCAGCCAGCUCGGGGAACCGUUGCCUUCUGAUGUUGAGACCGCAUUCGACAACCUGCUGGAUUAUAUUGAUGAUAUCGAUAUUGCUAAUGACUUCUACAAAAUGGGUGGGUUCGCCAUCUUUCCGGUAUGCUACGGCAGCGAGAACGACGAGGUGCGGUCGCGCGCGAGCUCGGUGCUGGCGGAGGCGUGCCAGAACAACCCGCACUGCCAGCGCCGCGCCCUCGACUGCGGCCUGCUCAACGUGCUCAUACACCUCGUGCAGUCCGAGCGGGGGCACGCGCUCGCCAAGUGCUUGUACGCUAUAUCAUGCAUAUGCCGCGAGUACGAGCCGGCGGCGCGCGAGCUGGUGUGGCAGGACGGCGUGGCGGCGCUCGCAGCGCUACUGCGGGCGCCGGAGCCGGCCGCCAGGACCCGCGCCGCAUUCCUCGUCAGGCACCUUGCGCACCACUACAGCGAUGCUAAAGAACAAUUCAUACAGAACAACGUUGUGGAAACAGUGGUGGAACAAAUCAAGUCGGGACGAGAUGACACUACCGAACAUCUGUUGGGCAUUCUCCUCGCCCUAGUAGAGGGUCUGGACCCGACUGUGCUGCAACAGUGCAGGAACCCUCGUCUCAACCUCAAGAAGGUUCUAGAAGAUCAUCUCAAACAUCCAGAAUUGGAGGAGUCAUAUAUAGAAGAGAAAGAAUACUGUCAGGAGAUACUGCAGCAGGUCUUCAAGGAUUGCCCUCCGAUUGAAGUGGUGGAUGAUGAAGUGACCAGAUAGUUUUGUAAAUGUUUCAGUUAAGUUUGGACUGAAUUUAGCAGUUAUACACUUAAAGAUGUGGAAUGAAAACAUAACCUAGAUCAGUGAUUCUCAACCUUUUUUUUUCGUUGCGGCACAUAUUUAACGAUUUCAAAAUUUGGCGGCACACAAAGAAAAAGAUAAAAAUCAUUUACUUACUACAACACACUGCAUGAAUAGUGUUGACCGUUCGUAAAAUAAGAUCUUACAAAAAAUGAAAUUAAUCGUCCGGCAACGGUUAUUAGUGGACUGUAUGAAAUUUUAAUACAAUGGUGGUAGUUAACAUAAGAAACACAAGAGGAUAAUGAAAGUGGAGACCACUGACCUGAAACUUUGUAGUUUGCAGGAUUCGGUUCUGGCUUUAGGCUUCCCAGUACUUCUGGCUCGCUCAACUUACCCUCAGAUCCAGGUUACCUAUCCACCGCCUUGAACCGACCAGCAGUGCAAUGCCCUCCUCUCAAUCAGCCUCUUGGUUAUGUGUGAUAUGAUUAAAAAAGCGAUACGAAAAGACAAACGAUAUUCGCGGCAAUAUAUGCACGCGUGCGAUAAUAUUUUUAAACGAGAACGACGACAACGAACGUACGUUCUACCGACACAUUCGAUAACAACCGACAGACUUUUUUUAUUUUGUAAAAAUGUUGCCAGGCGAAAUUUAUUUAAGCUACAAUUCUUAACAUUCCGCCCACCAAAAUACAACAUAUUUUCCUAAUUACACAUUAGCAAUAGGUUUCCUUUCAAACGACACAAUUAAUUUAACGAUAAAUAACGACAAGUUAAACGACAAAAAUUUAACAAAGGUCUUUAAUUUGAUAACGGUAGAGGGCACAGUUUAACGACUGGCCUCUUACAUUCACCAGAAUUGGUUCGAAUGGUAACGACUCUACAAACUCCAUCAGUACCACGGUGAAGUUUGACUACUCGACCAA